CUGCUCCUCUUCCUCCCCCUCUCCCUCCGCCCCCCAGUGAGGGCUGCAGCUCCUGGUCUCCUGAACCUUUUUCUCCAUCCUUUCUGUUCAAACCCACACAGAGUGGAGAUGACACGCACGACAGACGGACGGACGGCACGGUCAGCAGCGACGUUCGUGCGCGUCCGUGGACUUGUUGACCGGGACCAUGUCUCCCACUUCAGCUGGUCCUAACGAUCAGAUCCACUCACGAAACCGCGCGCGCGUGUGUGUGUGUUGAUGACAGUGUCUGAUUAGCGGGGGCUUCUCCUUCUUCUUCUCCUUCUUCUUCUCCUUCUUCUUCAUCUUCAUCAUCAUCAUCAUCCUCGCUCUCAGGAUUCUAACGCACCUUCAGUUUGACGGUGGCGGCCGUGUAUUUGUGAUCUGUCUUCGGCUCGUUCUGUCUGCUUCUACUCGAAGGUUCCGAGUCCCUGUUCAACAAGCUGCUCUCAUCACUGGCUCAGCAGCGGAAGCAGCAGAAGGAUGGGCGCAGUUCUCCUCCACCUCCCACAGCUCGUCUCCACCUUCAUGCCGACGCUCGGUGACAUGGAUGUGUUCGCACUGACUGACUGACUGACUGACUGACUGACUGACUUCUCCGCCCUUCGUCUGCUCCACUGCUCCACUGCUCCACUGCUCCACUGCCGCUCCUCGGGUACAACUUGUCAGGUGUCGGGAUGCCGUGCGUAAAGCGGAGCUCGCUGUGGAGGACGCUGCUGGUCGUCAGGACGCUGGUGGACGUGGCGCUGCCUCAGGAGACUUUCGCUCCACAUUCCAUACGGACCGAGGGCCAUCUGACCGUCGGGGGACUCUUCCCGGUCCACUCCAGUGCCGCGGACGGCACGACGUGCGGCGUCCUGAAGAAGGAGAACGGCAUCCAGAGGCUGGAGGCCAUGAUGUACGCGCUGGACCAGAUCAACCAGGACGAGCAGCUGCUGCCCAACAUCACCCUGGGCGCACGGCUGCUGGACACCUGCUCCAGGGACACCUACGCGCUGGAGCAGUCGCUAACGUUCGUGCAGACUCUGAUCACGAAGGACGCCACGGACGUGAGGUGCACCAACGGGGAGCCGCCGAUCUUCGUCAAGCCGGAGAAAGUGGUGGGGGUCGUCGGAGCGUCGGCCAGCUCCGUGUCCAUCAUGGUGGCCAACAUCAUGCGCCUUUUUCAGAUCCCUCAGAUCAGCUACGCGUCCACGGCACCGGAGCUGAGCGAUGACAGACGCUACGACUUCUUCUCCCGCGUGGUUCCUCCAGACUCGUUCCAGGCCCAGGCCAUGGUGGACAUCAUCAGAGCCUUGGGUUGGUCGUACGUCUCCACCGUGGCUUCAGAGGGCAGCUACGGAGAGAAAGGAAUCGAGGCUUUCACACAGCUCUGCAAGGAAGCAGGUGGGAUCUGCCUCGCCCAGUCUAUAAAAAUCCCCCACAAUCCCCGGCUGGAGGAUUAUGACAAAGCCGUCCAACAGCUGCUGGAGUCGCAGCAUUCCAGAGCCGUGGUGACCUUCGCCGGCGAGGAAGACAUACGGGGACUCCUCAACGCCACCAAGAGGGCCAAUCAGGUGGGACAUUUCCUGUGGAUUGGAUCUGACAGCUGGGGGGCCAAGAGCGGUCCAGUGGACAGGCUGGAGGACGUGGCUGUGGGGGCGGUCACCAUCCUGCCAAAACGCUCCGCCAUCAAAGGGUUUGAUGAGUACUUCACGGGCCUCACCCUGGAGAACAAUCGCAGGAACGUGUGGUUUGCUGAGUUCUGGGAGGAGAACUUUGACUGCAGGCUGCUCAGCUCCUCUAAGAGGGAGGACAGCAGCCGUAAGUGCACAGGUCAGGAGCGCAUCGGAGUCCACUCCAAGUACGAGCAGGAAGGAAAGGUCCAGUUUGUGAUCGACGCGGUGUACGCCAUGGCCCACGCGCUCCACCACAUGCACAAGGACCUCUGUCCAGACCACCUGGGCAUCUGCCCACAGAUGGAGUCUGCCGAGGGAAAAGUUCUGCUCAAGUACAUACGGAACAUCAACUUCAACGGCAGUGCUAACACCUCUGUGAUGUUCAACAAGGACGGUGACGCUCCCGGACGCUACGACCUCUUCCAGUUCCAGAUGACCAACUCCUCCACCCCGGAGUACAAGGUGGUGGGUCAGUGGGUGGAGACCCUGCAGCUCAGGAUGGAUGAGCUUCAGUGGCCAGAUGGGCAGCAGGACGCCCCCCCCUCCAUGUGCAGUCUGCCUUGUAAAACCGGAGAGAGGAAGAAGAGGGUGAAGGGGACGCCGUGCUGCUGGCACUGCGAGCUGUGUGACGGAUACCAGUACCAGUACGACGAGACUUCCUGCCGACUGUGCGCCUACAACAUGCGUCCCAGCUCCAACAGGACGUCGUGUCAGUCCAUCCCCGUGGUCAAGCUGGAGUGGCACUCCCCCUGGGCGAUCAUCCCCGUCUUCCUGGCCAUGCUGGGCAUCGUCGCCACCAUCUUCGUCAUAGCCACCUUUGUGCACCACAACGACACGCCCAUCGUGCGGGCGUCGGGACGGGAGCUGAGCUACGUGCUGCUGACGGGCAUCUUCCUGUGUUACAUCAUCACCUUCCUCAUGAUCGCCAAGCCUGACGUGGCAGUGUGCGCCUUCCGGAGGAUCUUCCUGGGCUUGGGGAUGUGCAUCAGCUACGCCGCGCUGCUCACCAAGACCAACCGCAUCUACCGCAUCUUUGAGCAAGGAAAGCAGAUGGUGACGGCGCCCCGCUUCAUCAGCCCCACCUCUCAGAUCGCCAUCACUUCCAGUCUGAUCUGUGUGCAGCUGCUGGGCGUCCUGGUGUGGUUCGCCGUGGACCCGCCCAACACCAUCGUGGACUACGACGAGCAGAAGACCGUUAACCCCGUGCUGGCCCGUGGCGUGCUGAAGUGUGACAUCACGGACCUGCAGAUCAUUUGCUCGCUGGGCUACAGCAUCCUGCUGAUGGUCACCUGCACCAUCUACGCCAUCAAGACCAGAGACGUUCCAGAAGACUUCAACGAAGCCAAGCCCAUCGGCUUCACCAUGUACACCACCUGUAUAGUCUGGCUGGCCUUCAUCCCCAUCUUCUUUGGCACCGCACAGUCGGCCGAGAAGCUGUACAUUCAGACGACCACCCUGACCAUCUCCAUGAACCUCAGUGCCUCAGUAGCCCUGGGCAUGCUCUACAUGCCCAAAGUCUACGUCAUCCUCUUCCACCCUGAGCAGAACGUGCAGAAGAGGAAGCGGAGCUUCAAGGCCGUGGUCACGGCAGCCACCAUGUCCUCGCGUCUGUCCCAGAAACCCAGUGAGAGGCCCAACGGAGAGGCCAAGACGGAGCUGUGUGAAAACCCUGCUGCUGACCCCAUGAGUCAAGCCACCAAAAAAACCUACGUGAGUUACAACAACCUCAGAGUCUGAACCUGGAGGGGGCGCCCAGUGUGUGUGUGUGUGUGUGUGUGUGUGUGUGUGUGUGCAGGCGUCCCAGCACCUGCAGUAUCUAUGCACCCCAGGACUGUGGGCCACAUCCAGCCCUCACCCAGACUUGAUACAUGAAUCCUGGCAGAAACUAGCACAGCUGAAGGCCUGGG